GUUGCUGACAGUGCUGUUUGGAGCAGCUGUCGGUCGGAUAGUGUGUGAAGAUCCUCGGACACGGAGACAUGAGUGCAGAGUGACUGGAUUCUUUUGAAAGGAAGAUUUAAAAAAUCCUCCCCGGGCUUCAGUUUACGUCACCCCUGCCGCCUGAGCUGGAUUUGUAUUUCAGCCCAUGUUUUCUUUAUUCCCCUCUCUUUAGGCUGGAGUUGCUGGUUAAACUGAGCAUGCUUAUAUCUUUGUCUUUGUUUCAUGUGAGACUUGAUUAAGAUCUCGGGGCUGCAGACCAGACCGCCCGCUUCAAGGAUUGAGAGAGAGGCUAAUCAUCCAGGCUGCAGCCCAACUUUUUUUUUUUAUUCCCAGUCCGGUCAGGGAUGUCUUUGACUCGAGUGGAUUACAUUGCGCCCUGGUGGACUUACUGGCUUCACAAUUUUCCCCACAUCAACCUUAGAUUUCAGCCCACUGACAAGAGCUUCCAGCCGGAAGAUGAGAACUACCAGCAGUCCCUCAUAUUCCUGGGCUGCGUGGCAGCGGCAGGACUCGGCCUUAACCUCCUUUGUUUGGCCGUCUACCUGAGCUUUCUGUGCUGCUGUCGCAAAGAUGAAGAAGAGGAGACCAAGAAGCCCAAUUCCUGCUGCGUCACCUGGUCAGCUGUGGCUGCAGGUCUUAUCACAUGCAUCUCUGUGGGUGUGGGUUUCUAUGGCAACAGUGAGACCAAUGAUGGUGUUUAUCAGCUGACCUACUCCCUGUACAAUGCUAACCACACCCUGGGUGGUGUAGACAGCCUGGUGACAGGCACAAUGGGCAACAUGAGGACUGGCCUCCACCAGCACCUAGCAAGGCUGGAUGAGAUCUUUGCCACAAGGGGCGACUACGUGCAGACCUUGCAGUUCAUGCAGCAGAUGGCGGACAAUGUGAUCAAACAGCUGCUGGGGCUGCCCGACUGGGACCAGGCCAAAGUGGACCUGGCGACCAUCGCUGAUCAGACUGCAAAUAUAGAGUACUACAGAUGGCUAACCUACCUGUUGCUCCUCAUCCUGGACCUGAUCAUCUGCCUGCUAGCCUGUCUGGGCCUGGCCAAGCAGUCACGCUGGCUACUCACCACGAUGAUGGUGUUUGGCGUGCUGACACUGAUCCUGAGCUGGACUUCUCUGGGCGCUGACCUUGCUGCUGCUGUGGGCACGAGUGAUUUCUGUGUGUCACCUGACAAGUACGUCAUGGGUCAGACAAAGGGUAUCAUCACUGCAGAUAUCGUCCAUUACUAUAUUUACUGCAACCAGACUCUUUCCAACCCUUUUCAGCAGCCUCUGACCAUCUUCCAGCGAUCCCUCACCACUAUGCAGAUCCAGAUCCAGGGUCUUCUACAGUUUGCGGUGCCCCUGUUUCCCACCGCUGAGAGGGAUUUACUAGGUAUCCAGCAUUUGCUCAACUCCUCUGAGGCAAGCCUGCACCAGCUAACGGCUCUGCUGGACUGCAGGGGGCUCAACAAGGACUACCUGGAUGCAAUGGUGGGGGUGUGCUAUGAUGGCGUGGAGGGUGUGCUAUACCUCUGCCUCUUCUCUAUCCUUGCUGCCUGUGCCUUUACUGUCAUGCUUUGCGCCAUUCCCAGGGCACUGAGACAAAUCGCCAGCAGAGAACGAGAUUAUGAUGACAUAGACGAGGAGGACCCUUUCAAUCCACGGGCCAGGAGGAUAGGCUCGCAGAACCCCAACCACACUAACAUGCACAGCUUCUGCAGCUUUAGCAGCAGCAUGGGCAGCCAGAACAGCCUGCACCCGCCCGCACCGACCGUCUCCAACCCCCCCAUGUCUGAAUACAUGAACCAGGCAGCUCUCUUUGGUGGAAAUCCGCGGUAUGAGAAUGUGCCUCUGAUUGGACGAGGCUCUCCACCUCCCUCGAUUUACUCUCAGCCGUAUAGAAAUCCAUACUCACCUACGAUGAGGGCCACUUAUCUCUCCAUGACUGAAGAGCAGAGCAGACACUUUGGAAGCGACUUCCAAGCCUAGGCUUCGGUCUGACAUCUGCGAGGAGGGAGCCCGCAAAAGAGCAGGAAGCAGCUGUUGGAUGCAUCACAGAGGACAAACUUCAACGUCUCUUCAGUCCAGAACUCCGGGCGACCUGUGAGGUUUCAGGCCAAAAGAAAAAAAAAAAAAAAAGCCAGUGCUGUUCUUCACUACAGUGCCUUUCAAAAGUCGCCAUGCCACUUGAUCUUUUGCAUGUACGUUUUGCACUACAAACAAAAGAUUUAAUAUAUCUCAUUGGGAUUUUUUUUUGUAAUAGACCAACACAAAUUGUGACUCAUUGGGAAGUAGAGUAAAAAUGAUACAAGAUUGUUAGGAUUUUUUUCAAAUACAAAAUGUGCAAAGUGUGGCUUGCACUUGCAUUCAACCCACUAAGGUAGCUUUUUCCUGCAAUUACAGUUGCGAGUUUUUGGUUUGUGAAGAAGAUUCAACUCUUACAGAUUUCUUCAACAAUGGCUUCCUCUCCCCACGCUUCCAUAAAGAAUCAUUUAUGAGGUUCAUAAAUCCUAGGUGACAUGUUAACAGUUUCUUGAACCCAAGCUGUGGAUGUCUGCAACUCAGAGUGAUGCUCUUCUAGAUCGGUUUGUAGUUGCGUGAUAUUCCUUUCCUUUUCACACGGCUGCAGGUGACUUUUAAAAACAACUGAUUGUGCUAGGUUUUAUUUAGGGCUAUCAAAAACAAACAAGGCUAAAAUCUGAUGCACACCAAACUUAUUUAUGUUUUCUUCUUUAUUCAUUUAUUUUUAUUUUAUUUCAACUUCUAAAAUUGUGUAUCAAUUUGCUUCCACUUCUUGACAACACAGUAUUGGUCUAUGACAUUAAAAAAAACAAUCAUUACAUUGAAGCUUUUGGUUGUAACAAGAUUUGCAGAAGUUCAGUCAGUAUGAGGACAUUUGCUAGGCACUGUAUUUCAAGGUCCAACCUUUCACAUGUUUGAAGAUCUUUCUUAACAUUGCAUUAGCUGUUCUGUAAUUGUUCUUUGGUUUACUUGAUAUCUAACGAAAAGUUCAGAAACAUCUUGAAAGACCAGAUUAGAUACUUUUCAAAUGAAGAUUCUUCUGCUUGUCGCUCUGUGAAGCUUUUUUUUCUGACUUCUCACAGCUAACAUCUGGAUAUUUAAAGAUUAACUCAUAAAAGUAAAAUCUGAAAAAACGAAAGAUUUUAUCUCCUGAUAUGCCACAGAGUUGAAAGUUGUUAAGCACAAACCCAGCACUGAAGGCACACUGCAGGAGGUAAUGGUGAAGAGCAUUUUUUUUUUUUUUUACAUUCUUACACAAACAAGCUUUACGUUCCAGAAACCGAAAAACUACCUUGAGACCUUCGCUUUUGUAUAUAAUGUGUAAAAUAACAUGCUAUUCUUUUUUUAUUUAGAGUUCUUUAAAUUGUGUGCCAUUUUUAUAUAUUUUUUCUAGUUUUUGUGGCAAUAUCACACAAGAUCACCCUUUUUUCUGUGGUCUAAAACGUCAUUAAUUUUUAUUGUGCAUAUCUAAUCCAACCAAUGCAGAUCAUAGUCAGGUAAGCAGUGCUGUUCUGACUACGAUUAUUAAAAAAAAGUGUUUUUUUCUCCCUUUAAAUCCAGUCAUUCAAACAGCACAAUUUUAUUGACUAAUUUUUUGUAAGAAUUUAAUACAGGCAGUGUUGAUUAAUAGUAUUUUUUGUAGCAUGUUACACUGUAAAGGCACUGAGUGCGGUGCUUAAUUUUGUGUCCCAAAAAUUUUGUGUCCCAAAACAUGAAGUCUAAUUGUGAGUUGAAUAAACCAGUUUGAGUACAAUGA